AUGCCUCCGCAAUCGAGCAAUCCUCCGUUCUCCACCACUAACUGCGAGGUUCCUGAUGAUGCUAUCUCUCUGCGUUCCGCUGCACCUUCCUAUACUUCCUCCCUCCCGCCGGCCUACAGCGACCAAUUACCGUUGUCCUCGCCUCGUGUGCCCGAACAACGCCAUAGCUCACUACUCACCUCUCUUCCCGAAAAUUACAAUGUCACCGCCUGGUCAUCUCUCACUGGCUCUGGCCACCAAAAUAGGGCGUAUGAGAAUGUAGCAGAGCGCCGAGCACGCCGGGAUGCAGCGAGAAUGCAUGCAAACUCCCUCUUGGUCAGGGCCAACAAUGCAGUACGCGCGGAAACCCAACGGGCAGAGGAAGCCCCACAUUCUGUAUCGUUGGCUGAGGACGGAAAGAGCUGGGACUUCCUUAUCUCGCAAAUGGCAAAUUGGGAGUCGAGGGAGAAGAGCUGGAACAAUUUUCGUGCAAGAUUCUCUAAGGAUCAGAGCCGUAUCCCUUUUCCAAAGAAAAAGAUUGGGAUGAGCGGGAGGUUUGGGUGAGGGUUUAUGGUACCGUUCGUUCGAUCUUCAGGGGUGCAGUAGGGACCGCUUUACGUCCAGGCAUCUCGCAUGCUUUGUCUACAAUCACUCGGCUUACUAUUACUUUGGAGGGUCAGGAUUUUGGCCAGCUCCUAGGACUUCGCUCAUUAAUCGCUGGCAUUUUUGUCUACUGUUCCUAGUGUGUCUUUCCUUUUAGUAAUCUAUUUCACUUCCAGUUGCAUCCGCAGGUCCAUUUUCCUUUCUAUUCCUCUUAUGUGGGUUUACCUGUUUAGCUUGCGGAACACAUGAAAUAUCAACUUGUGAUAUUUAUCAUUACCUGCGUUUGUAAGUUAUACCACCCCCUACGUCAACUUCCGGGACAAGCGUUGUUCGCGGCC